AUGUCGUCUCGCAACCGCCAAUCCCGCAACCCCAACCGCAACUCCUCGUCCAGCACUCAAGGCGAAGAAGCCCAGCUCUGGUCCCUCAUCAAAGACGAGAUCCGCGAGAUGGUCGAGACCAUCAACACCUCCAACGACCAGAUACGCGCAAUUCUCGCUCAGGACUCUCUCAUUGCCAAGUCACGCGAAGCGUCAAAAGAGAACCCCGAAGGAGAGAAAACCGACAUUGCAGCACUAGAACAAACCCUCGACACACUCAUCCGGGCCGGUGUUGGCGGUGCCGACAUCAGCAAACAAAAACUCCAAGAGGUGAUUGAGCAUGUCAUGGUCUUGCGAGCACUGGUCAAGGCGAGGGAGGAGAGCGAAGGUGUGGUGCAUAGCGUAGGCACGCCAGGACCUCAUUCAAGCAGUGCGGGACGGGAUAGAAACAGCUCCAGCCUUUUGGGGAGUGGAGGGAGGUCGAGUUCGGUCAGGGGGCAUGGGGGAAAGGGGGAUCGAGGAGAUCGUGAAGGGAGGGACAGGGACCGUGAUCGGGACAAGGAGAGGGAUAAACACAGCGACCGCGACCUCUCCUCCAUGUACGACUUUGACGGCGCCGGCGACUCACCUGUCCCCUCUCCUCUCUCAAGCCACACCAGAAAGCUCGGAGCCAACACUACCGCCGGCAGUGAUCGGGCUUCCACCGCCCGUGACAGCGUGCCUCCCCGCGACACUCCCUCCAAAGACAGCGUCCCUCCGGAACCCAACACCAGUACCACUUCCAACGGCACCACCUCAGCACCUACAACAGCAGGCGCCACCCAACGUGCCAAAGUCACCUUCCACAAGGGCCAAGACGUAGUCUUCAAGCCCAAACCCUCUCCGGCCACCGGCAACGAAACCACCGAAUGGAUGCUCGGGCGCGUGCAACAAGUUCUCGGCGAGGGUAAAUCCCGUCGCUACCGCGUGCAGGACGCCGAUCCCGAUCUGGAUCCGGACCAACGCGUCGAGUACCGCACUUCUGCCUCGAGCAUGAUCCCCAUUCCUGCCGCCGGCGAAGAAGAAAAGAAGCUACCGAAGCUGGAAAAGGGCAAAGUGGUGUUGGCCCUGUAUCCGGAUAGUACGACGUUUUACAAGGCGGAGGUGAUGGGAAUCGAAGCUGAAGGAGAGGGGGAGGGCAAGGAAAGGGUCAAGUUGAGGUUUGAGGGGGAGGAGAAUAGUGGGACGCUGCAGUUGGUUGAGAGACGGUUUGUGGUGGAGUACAGGGCUUAGAAGGCUGAGAGCGAUGGUGGUGAGGACGAUCACAAGGAUGUGGACGACUCGGAUUCUGAUUUGCCGCUGGCUUGGAGCAGGAAGAAGAGAAUGGAUAAGGAGGAGAAUAAGAGUAAGGACGAUCACAAGGAUGUGGACGACUCGGAUUCUGAUCUGCCGCUGGCUUGGAGGAAGAAAAUGCCUUUUCUUUCUGAACUUUCGCCUUUGAGCCAUGUUAAACUCAGCGAUGAUGGUGAGGACGAUCACGCUUGGAGCCUGGCUUGGAGGAAGAUGAACAUAGAUGAUGAGGAGAAUGAGAGUGAGGACGAUGAUGAUGAGGAGGGGGAGGAUAGGGAUACGAGUGAAAUGCCUUCAACGUCUGAACUUUCGGCUCUGGACGAUCUUAAACUCAGCGAUGAUG